AUGGCAGACCGGAUGCGUGCCCUAGCUCUUCGAAUGCCUCUUGCCUUUUGCCGUUUGCCUGGAGAGCCCCCGAGUGCCUCGAGUGCCAUGUUCGGGGGUCGCUGGGGUCUCUUAUUAGGCGCAUUAAGUCCUCUGUCACCCCCAACUUCUGCCGCUGAAGCUCUUUUUUUUUCCCUCCUCUCCCACCUACAACCCAUACCGGCACACCCAUACAUACACACACACACACAUAUAGACACACACGAACGAACGAAACGAGCACUCUCUCUUUCUCAUCUUUGCCAACAGCCUCUGCACUCGUUUGCGACAAAGCCUGCGCUCGUCUUCUUGUCGCGAAUCUUGGCCUUGUGCCGUGUCGCAACCCCGAACUCAAAAAGCAUCGUGUCGCACGCGCUUGUCGCGAUACUGCCAUCCCUACCGACUAUUGCUACUGCUAUUACCAUUACUAUUACUAUUGCUACUGCUGCUACUGCUGCUACUGCUGCUACCGCCGCUGCCACUUCGCUGAACCGAACAAAGAUGCUCCUGCCAUCUGCGCUCUCCUGCGAGCCGGCGCAGCGUCCCGUCUCGAGGCUCGCGCCCUCGCUAUUCUCUUCGCCACCCGCUAGUCCUCCUACAAAUGCCUUCAGCGGCAUCAACAACAUCAUGAACUCAUGCCGCGCGCUGCAUUCCAUGCUUGCGCCCGCUCCCAUCAUCACUUCGUCCAACGACGAUGAUAUUCCUCGGCGUGCAUCUCAACUACCAACACCGCCACUGGCUCACGCCACCAUCCCCUCGCCUAUGAAGUUGCGCCUGCGAACACGCAGGGCAGAGACCAACCCCGAGGUCAUCGGACGCAAGAAGAUUGUCAAGCGCACGGCCCCCCCUCGUGGAGCAAACAAGAGGUGCAGGGCCGCCGAAGAUGAAAUGGGUCGCGACGACGAUAUCGACAGCGACUUGGACAUCGACGCGACCGAGUCGUCGGAAGAAGCCCAAUCCUCGCGCCCACGGACACCAAAGCGCGCGCGCAUUGCACCCGAGUUCGUGCCUCUUGGCCUGGACCGUUCAGACUUCCACGAUCUGCACCGUGCCAGCCCAGAGUCAGCAGAGCACGGCAAGGUUGGAGAGGAGGUCGAGGUGGAAGCAGAUGGCGAACAAUGGAGCACAGAGGAGGACCGCAUACUGGUGGAACUCAUCCUGGAGAAGCUGAAGUUGACCAAGAACGACUGGCAAGACUGCGCCAGGAGUCUAGGCAAGGAUCGCAGUUCGGUUGGUAGGCGAUGGAAGAGCCUCAUGGUAAAUGGGGAUGUCGGUCUCAAGUCGAGGACUAGGCGAGGCAAGCUUCACGGCACCUGGCGUUGA